AUGAAUGGUAGAGUCCAAGGUAGCUUUCUCGGGAGGAAGGGUCUUAGACAAGGGGACCCGAUUUCUCCUUUGCUUUUUGUUCUUGUUAUGGAGUAUUUUACUAGGCUUCUCAUUCAAGCUACUAAGAAUAAGGAAUUCAGAUAUCACCCUAGUUGUAAGAAGCUGAAGUUGGUGAGCCUUUGUUUUGCUGAUGAUUUGGUGCUGUUUUGUAAGGGAGCUGCUAGAUCUGUUCAAAUUAUAAAAGAUUGCUUCAAGUCUUUUAGUCUUGCUUCUAGUUUAACAACCAAUCUAGAUAAAUCUCAGGUUUAUUUUGGGGGUUUGGCAGAGAAAGAAGCUAAGAUUAUUUUGGAGCGACUUCAAUUUGCCGAAGGUUCUUUCCUUUUAAAGUAUCUUGGAAUUCCUCUUAGACCUACGAAAUGGAAGGCAGGGGGUUGUGCUGCAAUAAUCAAAAAGAUCCACACGAAGCUUCAUCAUUGGUCCAGUCGUCAUUUGUCCUUUGUUGGGAGAGCUCAGCUUAUCCACUCUGUUUUAUUGGGGAUAAGAUCAUUUUGGAUGAGUAUUUUCCUCCUCCCAAAGAGUGCUAUUAAUGAGAUUGAUCAGCUAUGUAGAAGAUUUCUGUGGGGGACUAGUAGCAGUAAUGAAAACAGAAGUAAAGUUCAUCUCACGGCUUGGGAGCAGGUUUGCCUACCUAAAAGCUUGGGUGGUAUUGGGUUUAAGGAAGGGUCUAAAUGGAAUAAGGUGUUGUUAGCUAAGUUCCUUUGGGUUAUUUCCUCUAAAAAAUAUAUCCUUUGGGUGAAAUGGGUGGAUGCCAUUUAUCUCAAAGAGGUGCUGGAAAAGGCAGUUAAGAACAACAAAGUUAAUAUAAGAAAUCUAUAUGUUCAGCUGCUAAACAAGGAAAGGGUUCAAUUUGCUCAUGUGUUUAAAGAGUGGUCAUCUUGGAUGAUUGGGAAGCCUAAGGGUCUGAAGCAAAAGUUGGCAACAGCUACAUUAGCUGCUUCAGUCUAUUUGAUUUGGUGGAAUAGGAACAAUUGCUUGUUUAAUUUUUGUUCUAUGACUGUGGAUAAAGUUGAUCAUUUGUUAAAGGUUUACUUGAAAGCUAGAAUUGCUAAACUUUCUAGGACUAAGUUGAAGAGCAAAGAUUUAGCUUUUCUUGAGAGAUUAAGUCUUAUGUAA